AUGGAGGACGCAGCAUCUCAAGGACAUGGAAGUGCUGAUCUCCCUGGAGCGCCCAAGGAUCAACAGCCCACUGCUGCCGCUGCUGCAUCAACCACUAAUGCAACCCUGAUGCAGGUUACUUCUUCGCCUGUAGUUGCAGAGUCAUCAGGAGGAAGCGAUAGGACUGAGGAACACAAGGAGGGCGAGGUCAUUGGGCAGAGCGGCGAUACACCCAAUGCUUCCGAACAGCAAAUACCAGAGGGGGGUGAUAUUCACCAAGGAUCCAAGCGCCAUAAAGAAUCCAAGCAUGGUCAUUACGGAGGAGAGCAACCCCCAAAGAAGCAAAAGAAACGAAUCGAUCUUGUCGAUCCAGAGGAGGAUCUCAAGAACGCCCAGUACUUUUUCGACAAUGGCAAGUAG